CAGGUGCAGUCCAAGAUGGUCAAUGUGGGGACUCUGACAGAAAGGUUUGAGAAACGAACAUCAACCCCACUGCCCAGUCCUGCACACAGCGAUGAUGAAUCAUCCUCUGUUUUCAUGGACCAACCUAGUGAUGUGUCAUGGAGGCCAGAGGAGGAAACGAUGAGUCAGUCAUCUGACGAGGAACUGUCAAAAGAGCCAUUGCAGGAAUCUCACCGUGACCUCAAUGGUGCUGACAAGUUCAUUGUGUGCCAAAGCCAGCUGAUGUCCCUGUUUACAUUUUGCGCUGCCUGUUGUGGGGAAACCCAGGGAUACAUGGAGCAGCAGGAGGGAACUUAUAUAAAAAUAAAUUCUGUGCAACAUGUGGGUAUGAGCGUUAUUGGCAGAACCAGCCAAUGCUGCACCGAAACAUGCCUGCCUGCAACUUCUUACUGAGUGGGGCCAUCCACUUUUCGGGUUGCAUGGCUACCCAGACCAUAAGGAUGCUGAAGCUGUUUGGGCGUCAGUGCAUCAGUGCCAGCACCUUCUUCCGCCAUCAAUGCCUGUACACAAUCCCUACCAUCAUGCAGGUCUGGCAGAAUGAGAAGGCAGGGAUCAUCAGAGAACUGAAUGAGAUGGGGGGUGGGCUAAUCCUCUGGUGACUGCAGGUGGUACACUUCGGCUUGUAUCACUGAUAUAGAAAACAGGUCAAAACAACAUUUGCAGAUAUAAUUGUGUCAGUUUUUGUGCUUUAACGUCCAAAUUAAAUGGUUUUUGACAUUCAUAGGUCAGACUCUCCUGGCCAUUGUGCCAAAUAUGGCACCUACUCUUUGAUCGAGGACAGAAUUAACAAGGUUUUGGAUCUUCAACUUGUCCAGAGCUCAGAGGUCCCAAACAGCACCUGGUGUGAGUUAGAGGGUCUGAAGCGCAGCAUAGAGUUUCUUAAGGAGCAACACAUGCAAGUGUCAGCCCUCAUCACAGACAGAAAGCGUCAGGUUGCCAAGUGGGUGCGGGAGGAGUUGUGUCCAGAAGGAACAAGCCAUUUCUUUGACAUCUGGCAUAUUGGUCUAGGGAAAGCUUUGGAUGCUGCUGCAAAGGAGAGAGGGUGUGAGGACCUGAGGCUGUGGAGGCAUUAUUAACCAUCUCUACUGGACUGCAGCUUCCUAAUGGAGAUCCAGAUGUGAUGUGCCAAGUGGCAAAGCAUGGUCAACCAUGUUCAGGAUAUCCAUGAACACGGCACUCCUGCAUUUUCCCGCUGUGCACAUCCACCUCUGGAGGGAGAAGCAAGGAACAAGGAGUGGCUGGAACCAGGAUCAACUGUAGCAAUUAAACUGGAGAGUGUAGCUACUAGAACAGCACUGGUGAGAAGGAUGUUCGGCAGUUGUCCCCACAGCAUCAGACCUUUUCCCUGGCGGCAUCCCUCACUUUGCACCAAAGCACACUGGGUUCUCCUUCCUUGGGAUGUACAGCAGGUAAAUAUUAUGUGAUGGUGAAAU